AUGAAAAUCUUCAUCAGGGUAUCCAUUUCACAACGUGUGAAAUGUCCCUCGAUCCUACAAGUGCACGUUUCAUGGGAAAAGGCGACGCCAACGGACGGGGCUCGCAGCAAGAAACGAGCCUACGAUGAUGAGUCAGCAGCGGCGCUGGUGGCUCCCUCGGCAACGCAGGCUCGCGAUGGAUCGAGCGCGCUGACUCAGGCUUGCUUUUAGCUGCGGCGCAGUGGCUCCGUAUCCUCCUCCCCGCGGGAGACAAAGCGCAUCGCCCGGCAGCGUAGUCCAAAGCAGGCGCUGAUUGGAGUCACGCAGCCCGGCACCCGCGCACCUUGCGCUCCGCGCCGCCGGCUUGAGCUCGAGAUAUAGGGAGGAAGCGCGGACUAGCACACACUUCCGGUGUGAUUCGACAGCUUCGAGUGGCGGCUGCGCAAUAUGCCUAUUGCUUGAAAGGGAAGGCCAGCCGCCAGCAAGAGUUGAGACUGUUUACAGGAGAGGUGGGCAGGGCAAGGGCAAGGCGAUCGUUUUUUGCUGCUGCUUUUAGUGUGUGCAAAAGUGUGAGAGAGCAGGCUGGAGCAGUGGGAGAGAUGUGAAGCAGGGCCCUUUGCAUCCCUGCUAAAGGAGCAGCUCUGCCAAACUCUUCCUGUCUACGAACUCUUUUCAUGCCAGUUGGUCAUCAUAAAAAAAGACUACAGUAUUUAACGUUAAGAGCAAAUGUCUGAGUUUGCUUCCCACUCUUUCCUCACCAUCACUUUUGCUUCUGUGUCGUGUCUUUCAGGUUAUAUAGGCCUGCAGACCAACUAAUUUGGUUGUGUAUAAGCCACCUCAGAGUUUUUUUGACUGAAGAGUGGGGUACAAAUGCUCUAAAUAAACAGCAAUAAGUAAUAGCUGCUCUUAGUAUAUCGGAGAUACCAAUUUUUAAACCAUAUAAUCCUGCCACAUGUUAGCAUCUCUGCUGAAUGUUAGCAGUGUGGUGGUGCAGUAAUAAAACUGGUAGCACAUUUGCAAAGCUAAGCAGGGUUCGAUAUGGUAUUAAACUGGAUGGGGGGGGGCACGUGUUGAGAUUCCUAUUGGACUAAUGACCUGUAGGGUCCCUGAGGAGGAACAAUGAAUAUAUGUGAACUGUCCAAGUCAAGGUGCUUAGUACUCAAAGCUGGGCAGGUUAUUUCAGUAGCUGAGGCAAAAAAAUCUCACAAGUGCCUCUCCCUGUCAAUAAAAAUACAAUAAAUUAAAUAACAAGUUGGUGAUUGUUCAUGAUACCCAGAAUUAGCUCCUUAAGGCAGUUCUUUUGCCAGUUGGAAGAUGCCUGAGGCACAUAUCUAAAAUCAAUGGCAAAUAAGAUUCAGAGCUAAUUUUAAAAAACAAAAAACAAAACACCUAAACAGAUAAAGGGUAAGGUUCACAUUAGCAGCUUAAAACACAAGCCAUAUUUACAUAGCAUCUUAUUAUGAGCAGCUGUGUCUAAGGAGAGAGAGAGAGUGUAUGUGCCAAGGCAUCAAAAUUAACCCGAAAGCGAGUCUUCAAGCAAAAGAACUGCCGCCCUACAACCUAGCUGAGUUCCCUGUGUCGUAAUAUUUCCCUUUGCCAUGCAGCUCGGAGAAACCAUCUGCGCAGGCUGCUGGACUGACACGCCGCCUUCUCAUUGGCGGGGUGUGUCCCCCCUACGCCCCCGUCCUAGCCAAUCACCGCCCGCGCUCUUUCCAAAAGCGAAUGUGGGCGGGGAAAGGCUGCUUGCACACGCCGAGCAAUCCUCUGCGCGGCUGGAUCGGGCGCUGCUUCUCUGCUCUGCUUGCGGGGAGCGUUUCUCAUCCACGCAGCUAGCCCGCUGCCCUUUCCUUUCGGGCACCCAGGUGAGUCUUGGUUUUAUCCUCUCCCCGCGAUUAGUAGGGAGUGGUGCGCAUCUGAUCUAGGGCAAUAAGUGGGCGAGGUAAGGACGAGAUGCAGGCAGCGCCAAUUCUGACCGCCCCAAUCGCUAGAGGACUUCUUUGUUAAGGGUGUGUUUGCGUUGGGCACUUUUUCUCCCGCCGCCCCGUCCCGGAGCCUUGGGGCAGCGCCUGUUUCUUCUCAUUCACCUUCCGGUUGCAUCAUCUAGUUCUCGACAGGUGAACUGGAAGCAGCGCCAAACGGCAGAUGAUGGGUUUUAAUUUAUUCUUGCUUGCUUUACUGAAGGUUGCUUCUGAAUGAACUUUAUUUCUUUAAUUUUUCUUGGUUGGGGGCCAGCCUUACCUUGCUGUCUCUCCAAAAAACAGCAAAACCCCAGUAGACAAUGGAGGGAAAAUGCUUACUAGGACAGAGGCAAUAAUCUAUGUUUUUUGUUGUUGUUGUUUAGUCGUUUAGUCGUGUCCGACUCUUCGUGACCCCAUGGACCAGAGCACGCCAGGCACUUCUGUCUUCCACUGCCUCCCACAGUUUGGUCAGACUCAUGUUUGUAGCUUCGAGAACGCUGUCCAUCUCGUCCUCUGUUGUCCCCUUCUCCUAGUGCCCUCCAUCUUUUCCAACAUAUACUUCUCAUGAAAUCCUUUACCUAGGCUAUGUACAUAACCAUGCACACAUGCACAGUCAUGGGAACUGUAGUUUUCCUUUCAAAGAGCUACAGUUUACAAUAUUCUUUUUUGGGGGGAGAUUUCAUGUAUGGUGUGUACACACAUGGGCAUAGCAAGGGUUUUUGUUGGGGGAGGGGCAGGCAUUUUGUUAGGGGAGGCAGAACCUCAGUUAGCUAUGUAUUUUUAUUGAUCUUUAUUGAUUUAGUUAGUGGGGGAGUUGCCCCUCCCUGCCUCCUUUUGGCUAAGCCCAUGUGUACACAACCUGUUUCAGUUAUUAAAGCAAAAGCAAACCACAAAGCAAUUGGGCAAGGACUCUUAUAGUUUCUGGGCUUGAUUGAUCAUGGUGUGGGAUGGGCCUUUCGUCUGCUCCAGCAGGCCUCUUUUUAUGUAUUCUAGAAAUAGAUUUCUUAGGGUGGUACUGACAGUGUGACCCUAAGUAAUUUUGCUCUGAAAUGAGCUGCACUGAAUUCUGUUGGGCUUACUCCCAGGUAGGUGAACGUAAAAUGUUGCUAGAGCCGUUUGCACUCCCUACCAGGUGCAGAUGUUAUGAGUUUUAAAAUGCAGUUGCAGCAUUCAUAUUGCAGGCCUCCUUAAGCAAAACCCAAUUCCAGCCUUAUAAGUGAAAAUGUGAUUAAUCUGAAAUGCAUCAUUUAGAUGAAGAACAUUAACGCUGGAUAGAGAAUGAGUGUAGUUCUCAAUUCAGUUCUACAUUCUGGCCACUAUGUAGGAAAUGAAAAGCUGAACUUAACUCAAAAAUGUAUGACUCAUUUGAGCCUACAUCUUGCCGAAAUGCAUGGACAUUAGAAACAGGAUCUGCCUUGGUUGGGCAUCUUGUGCAAACUCAAGUUACAAAUGCCUUUUGCAGAUACGAUGGUUGGAGAGCUUUUCUGAAAGAGUUCAGAGGUCAAAAGAUACUGGAUAUGGUUCCAGUCUGGCAAAAUUCCAGAAAUUUCUGUGGUUUCCUUUUUCUUAAAGGGAUCCGUUCCUACAGUGUUUUUUUUCCAUUAUGCCUGCAAAUUCGUGCUAUGAGACUGAAAGCUUUACCUUUUGUUGCAGGUAUACCCUUUUUGCCCUGGUGAAGCAGUGAUCUUAGAUACUGCACGUACUUCCCAGGAUCUUUUUAUUGAAAAGGGGCAGGCAUAUUUAGAAGCAAUUUACAAGAAAAGGUACAAGUUGUUCCUCAGGGUCCUUUCCAACUAUACAAUUCUAUGAUUCUAUGAAGAUAAAGCAACAGAUGUCCCUGGGGCUUGAAAUUCUGUGACUGAUUUACAGAGCAUUUGUACUUGGCAGUAAGUCCCACUAUGUUCUAUAGGGGUUGUACCCAUAUAAGUGUGCCUUAAAAAUCAUUUGUAUGCAGUUACAGUAAGUGUGGGUAAGCAAAUAGUUAUGUGGAAGGGGAAACAUUUUUAAAGUUCCACACUGCUUUAGAAGUAAAACAGUGAACAGUGCUUUUCCUAUACCUGGUUUAUUCUUCUGAAGUCUUAUUCUGUUAAAAAGAGGCAUUAUCUGAGAUAGUGUUUACUCUUGCUAAUUAUUAAGUUGUUGACGUAAUAUAGGCAGAUUGUAUAUAACUCUCACAUGGAUCUUUGAAGAUGCAGUUUGGUGAGCAUGUGCCUCAGGGAAUGACAAAAUGAGCGUUCUUGACACACCCUCCUCAACUGCAUCAUUGGAAAUGUCCUAAAGACUGAAACUGAAGCUUUGUUCACACUUUCAUAAUCACACAUUUGUUGAACAAGUGGAGGGGAAGUGGGAUCAUCAUGCUUGCUGGCUUUGCCACUGGCUGUGCUGAAGGUAAGAAUGUGCUCUGGGUACAUGCAGCUGGAGGGUCUUCAUUCUUGGUUGCAACUCCAGAUCUUCAAUUCAGAUCCUACAUUCACACAGAGCUUGUUCUCACCUGCGGGUAAAUGUAUCAAGGCUGGGGAUAAGGUAAGCAGAAACAAUCCUGGUCCCUCUUGUGCAUUCAGUGAAUGUGUAUAUAUAAAAUGAGGACACUCUGGGGAUAGUCAAUUGACAAAAUAGGUGCGGAAUAUAAUAAAAAAUUAUUAUGAAUACAGAUGGGAUAGAAAUGACUGGAAUAUUAGUUUGAACAUGCUUGCGAAUUCUCAAUUCUCAAAUUUUCAAAUAGCACAGUACCCAGAAUAUUCCACACUUUUAACAUCUCUUCUGUAUUUGUGGGGAUGAAAGAGAGCCCAGAUGUGUGUGUUUGUGUGGUAAUGAUAGAUACCUAUAUUUUGAUUCCUCUCAAACAAAAUGAAAAUCCCAGUCAGAGUGGAAGGGAUGAUAGGUAUUCUGUGAAAUCAUUUCAUGAGUUGAUGGAACAUGUUUGUAUGAUUAUUGUAGCUGUUUAAGGGAAUUCUAUCUUGGGCAUAACUUUCCAAAUACUUAGAUGUGGGUUUAAUUGCCUAUACCAGUAGAUGCAGCGAUAGACAAGACACCUUAGCUCAAAUACUUUAUUAAUAGGUUGUGCAUGUCCAAAGAUUUUUGUGUUGUGGUUUUGUUCUGUGGCAACUCACUUUCUGGCAAGAGCGUGUAAUUGCUGUCUUUAUGCCAAUAAGCAUUCAUAUGUGAAAGGUAAUAUAACUGCCAACUUCAACAAAUUGAGUGAACUGUUUUUUUUUAUUUUGGUAGUAGUUUCUGUGUGCCAAAAGAUCAGAGUUCUUUCUACUGUUGCAGCAUUAUACUGUAAAAGUCACUUCUGGCCCUGUCUUUUCAAUAACUGUUCCAAAGUGGGCUGUACUGAACUUCUGACUUUUCUCUCUAUCCAUACAUAUAUCAAAGUCCUUAGGUGGGUGGGCUGCCUCAUUCAGUUCAGUAUAGUAGGGAGGUAAGCUUUUUUGAAUACCCAUCAGAGCAUGUCUAUUGCCCCUUUUCUCACCCAGAGUUGAUCCCUCCAAAAAAUGAGGUAAGCUUUGUAGGUGGUGUACCUGCGUGAAAGUGUGAGAGUACGCACACAGGCUUUUUGCACUUGAAAUUGCUGGUUCAUAUUUGAGAAGAUGGUCAGAGAGUGGCUGGUGCAAUCCAGUCAGAUGGACAGGGUAUAAAAUUAUCAUCAUUAUUAAACUAAUUAUUAUUAAGCAUGAUUUAGUUUUCUGUUGGUUUUAAUUAACAUGCUACUUUUCUUUUGUAUGUCACGUUGAGUUCCAUUUUGUAAAAAGAAAAAACUACGAAGUGCAAACAAUAAUAAUGUUGUUCAAAGUGUAAAUAGAAACCAUCUGAUUACUUUCUGUAGAAAUCCUGUUUCCCUCUCAAUUCCCUGAUAGCUUAGCAAACUAGUAAACAAGUCAUCAAGAUAGGGAUUGCCUUGUGAUGUUUGAGAAUGCCAGGAUGUUGCUUAAUAUAUUGAUUCUUCAAAUUCCAGUUAUAUCAAUAUACCAUACCCUGGCUCUGUAUUUUAAAAAUAUUGACAUUGGAUGCUUUGCAGCACUUCUGGUAUCCUGGAGAUUUAUUGGCAGUUACUUGGAGCACGCGAGUCAUGCUCAAGGUGGCAUGUAGCAGUGGGAAAAUCAACAUUUAUGCAAAUGCAUACAAACAAAGACAAUUAAAAGACCUGUUAAAAUAUCAUCCUCUCAGGUGUCUCUGCCAGAAAAAUAAGCCCGAAUGAUACGAAUUUUAAAAACCCCGAUGAAGUAGAAUCUAGGCGUUGGGGUUUCAGACACUGAGGGUUCAGUGGCCUACCGAAAGACAUUAUUGUAGUUUUUGGCACUGCAAUGGAGAAACCUCUAUCCAAAAUGUUGAUAAACACAACUUUGCUAAGAGCAGGUUUCUAGUUCUGUUCACCUCCUAGGAAGGAAGGAACAUCCAAUUAAACUGGAAAGUGACAGUGAUGGAGUCCAUAUCACUGACCUCAUUCGAAUCUGAGGAAAGUUAAAGUACUAUUGAGAUUUUUAAUUUAAAAAAUUAAGGAUUUGCUGGAUUUUGGAGUCCGUUUUGAAAUGUGUGGCUUAAUCUGAGGGCCUUAUUAAUGUGAAAUAUCUGAACACGGCCAGGAACACGGAAAGGUAACAUGGAAGCAGGCCCAUGCAGAGCUUGCUUGAAGCCUGGGGCGGGAGUCUUGUGAGAAUAAAGUUAUGAACUCACACAGGCUGCCCCAACCCUCUGCAUGGAAGAGUGAUGAAAUGCCAUCCUUCUGGCACCAUAUAAUUGAAUCCUCCACCCUGAAAUGUUCCUGGCAGCAGGCUUGUGGUUCUCUUCACGCCUCCAUGGCCCACUAGUGCUAACUUGCCUUGCCCUGCCUCAAGACAAAUGAAGCCCAGCUUCCCACCCAAUUAGCAUCCCUGCUACAUGAUGUGUGAUCUGGGGUUUCCCCCCACAAAAUUAUCUUAAAAGCUUUUCUUCUCAUUUUACUUAUAUUAGGGAAGUGAACCUGUAGGGGUAACAGAAGAAUUAAAAAACCCCAACUAAAAUAUUUUACAAAGAUAGGCCAAGGCUGGGCAAAGUUCAGGCUUGUAUCAGCUCUACCGUAUUUUUCCGUGUAUAACACAAUCCAAUGUAUAAGACGAGCCUUAUUUUUGGGAGCCCAAAAUUAAGAAAUUUAACAAUUAAGAAAGUUAUUGAGGGGUUUUUUUUGGGGGGGGGAGUUGCAAGAACAGUUGUUGAGCUUCUUUUGUAAGUUUGUUAAGCUGUUUUUCAAUGAUCCCCCCACUCUGGUUGAUGGAACUGGUGCCGUAACUCACCGCAUACUGAUACCCACCAUAAGCAGCCCCCUUGCCAAUGUUCCUCACCCACCUGCCAAAGUUGGCCCAUAAAGGGUCAGGGAGAUAGCAAUCUGGCCAGCCCCUGCUUUAGGAGAUGAAGAACACAUAAUUAUUGAGAGCAGUUGUGCAUAAAAAGUAUUUAACAUGUGAAAACAAGGAAGAUUUAAGGUAAACAACCUGCAAAUGAUUCCAGAAUGCAGUGUUCUAUCUUGUGUUAUUAUCUUUAGGAGAUUUGUGUGUAAAGCUUUUCUUCUGGGCACACCCUCUCCAGUCAUAACAGAGCCCAAUAUUGUUUUCAAGGUCUGAGAAGUCCUCUUAUCAAACUACCAGAGUUACAUCUGUGAGUCAACUGUGGGCUAGCUUUGACUUGAGACUUUCUCUAGAAAUGGAAAGCAGGUGAUUUUCUUCCACAAUGAACUGAAUUUGUGACACACCACUUAAAUAAAUACAGCCACACAAGGCGAAUUCUAUUUCCGAGGAGGAGUGGUUGGUACAUAAGCAUUUCUGCUAAAGCAUGCUCCACCCCAAGGUUUAAAGCAGAGCUUUCCAAUCUUCUCAUGUUGGUGACACACUUUUUAGACAUGCAUCAUUUCACGAUGCAGUGAUUCAGUUUUGCGUCAUUUCGCGACACAGUAGUUCAGUUUUACUAGGAAACUGGAGGUUAAACUAUUCCCUUUCCAGCCCCUGGAGGAGCGUGGGGUGUGUUCACGUGACACACCUACACACUGCAGCCGACACACUAACGUCUUGCAACACACAGUUCAGAAAGCUGUUCACAAUUCAAUUCAAGCUGUACCAUUCUAAGAUGCAGAAUGGGAAAUCACAUCUUGGGACGGUCCCCAACAAUGAAGUUUUGAAAAUUCCAGCACAUAAAACUAGCACAUCAGAGCAAGUCCUACCUAUCACUUUUGUCUCAGAUGCAAUACUUUCCUACAAGCAGGGACAGGCCUUUUAAACUACCCACCAACUAAUUUUUGACAUGGGCCUUGUGCUGAAUUUAGCAGAGACUGAAGGUCCAGUAAAAUUGGGCCAUCUUGCUGACUUGCUGCCACACAAACCUAAAGCACAGGCUGAUCCCUAGUGUGAUCAGCAAUAGAGGCUUUUGUUCUGCCCUUCCCUAGUAAAGCCCCUCAGCUACUUGUUACAAUUUGCUUGUCUUUCUAUGAUUCUCCUCUCUGUGCUAGACAUACAAAGUUCCUUUCUGAUAGAGACUUGUUUUCUGUACUCCUGACCAUCUUUGUUCUCUUUGUCUGAACCCAUCCCAUCAUUUUAAAAAUGCAUCACUCAGAACUAGACAGUUCUCCAGGCAAAGUCUGACUAGAGCAGAAUAAAGUGCAGCUAUUACUUUGUGUGUCCUGGAAACAAUCUGUUAACCCAGCCUGCUGUCGCAUUAGCCGCUUUGCAGCUGUGUCACGCUGCUGACUCAUGUUCAGCACUGACCAGCUGCAAUCCUGAGAUCAUUUUCACAUGUCUGACUGUCAAGACACUAUACCCAAUCCUAUACCUAUGUAUCUUAUUUCUAAAUCAUUUAAUUACCUCGGUGCAGACCUUUGCAUCGGACACAUAUUUUUAAAGGAGUUCAGUUACAUGUAUUUAAAAUCCCACUCUUUUAGCCAAGAAAGACUCCCAAAGCAGCUAAGGAUUCUCACACAGAAAGACAGAGAUAGAUGCUGCCCUCAGGAUUACAAUCUUAAAAGACACAGAACAAAGUGAACAUGGAUUGGGAGGGAGGAGGAAAUAGUUGACAGUUUCAAGUUCUUAGUUACAGUUUGUUCUAACAGAGCAUAUAAAUAAGAAGUGAGAUGCAACAGUUCAAAGAGAGGAGGCACUAAAAGUUGCUGCAGUCUUAGCUGCAGCAAUAGGUAGAUUCUGCAACACUUCUCCCGCCUCCUCCUCCAAUCUGAUGUUAAUCAUAGAGCUGGUAGGGACCACCAGGGUCAUCUAGUCCAACCCCCUGCAAUGCAGGGAUAUUUUGCCCAAUGUGGGGCUCAAAUCCACAACCCUGAGAUUAAGAGUCUCAUGCUGAGUUAGCUGUCCUGGGAGCCCAGCAGUCAGGUGACAGUUUUGCAGGCUGUUUCUUUUCCUUUUUCCUGUGCAGUUUCACGCUUUUCUAUAUAUCGGACCCCAGGACAGUGGAGGGAAGGGAAAUGCUUUAAUUUCUCAUUUCUCUUCUUCCCCGCCAGCCCAGUUUGUUUCUCUCCCCUGCUUCCACAUUGCUACUUCUUGCCACAGAGCGUUGCAUGCAGUGCCAGGAUAAUAUCAUAAAUACCAACAAGAUUUUGGAAUGACUCCCAGGCUCCUUAAUAUAACUGAUUAACCUUAGGAAAGAGAUAUCCCAAAUCUGUUUGGCAAGACCCAUGCUAUGAGCGGAGCUGUGAUUACACACCCUUAAGGCUAUAAAUGUCAUGCAAAGUGUGAUGACUUCGGCUUCUGCACACUGAUACACUGAAUGCCACUCAAGUGGGUAUUGCAUAAUCUUGGCACGCAGAAGGCAUUACUAUGAAGCAACUGAGAUCCUCCUAGUAUCGUUUGCAAGUGCCGUGGAAGUCGUAGGGCAUAAACAGAAGAUGGAUAUAGAAGGGUCUAUAUCAGGGAAGGGGAACCCAGUGCCCUCCAGGUAUUGCUGGAGUCCAGUUGCCAUUACCUCCAGCCAGCAUAGCCAGUGGUUGGAGAUGAUGGGAGCUGGAAUCCAACAAAAUCUGGAGAGCUACAGGUAUAUAUGGAAGCACAUUGUCCUGACCUGGACCAAUGAGGGCAAACAACUGGGUUUUAAUUAUUUAUUAGUGAACCCGGUUAUAUCAGCUCCUAAUGUGCAAGUGAUUUACAGCAAUACUCCCCACUAACUAUGACUUCUGUCCUGUGCCUGUCUUCGCCCAUUUGGAGCAAUGGGAUAUAUCUACCCCCAUUUCCUCCUUAAAAACCCUUGGCUGAUGCUCUGUAUUCAAAAUGAGCCAGGCGCCAGGCACAGUUUGCACCUAUCAGCCACUUGCGACCAAGUGAAGAUACCUGGGUGCCAGGAUGGUGUCUGACAGCUCCAUCAUCUGGAGGUGCCUGCCUGGGGAUCCUUGGAUCUAGACUGUUUUCACACACUCAUACGACAUCUCAUAUAAUUCUAUCAGUUACAUUUUAUCUGCAUAAUCGGAAUGAAUUUCAGGAACCAAAAUGCUUUUUCUGUGCAGCAGGAACAGAGAACAUCAUGAUAGUUAAUUGGUGUCGCUUGUCUCCACCUACUCCACCCCACUGCCCUGCUCAACAGUUGGGAAGGAUAGUCCUACUUUAUUAAUAGUCCGUGUCACCAUUAAGAAAAAGAGAUAGGAAUAGGCCAAUAUUUAUGUGGACGGUCCCUGGGUCAAGGGACUUAGCUUCUUUAAGUUCUCAGAGCUCUUAACCUAGGUUGCCAUCUGAACUAGCCAGAAGUUUAACUGAUAAUCACAUCCAGUGAUUGCAAAAUAAGACUUUUCACAAAUGUUGAAGUACAAUUCAACUGCCAGUCCAGUGGGCUUCUGUAUAGAGAAAAUAUGAUGGGGUGAGGUGUGUCUCGCCACAGGCAACAGAAUGUCUUGUGCCAGUUUAAACUGUCUCAGUAUUCUUUUGGCAACUGGCAAGUUAAUGUUACCCAAGGUGUGGAGCAUCAGGUGUGGGCCAUGAAUGUGCCUCUCUUUCUCUCUGGCCCUCUGAAGACUCCUCAGACCACACACCCCUGGAUCCUUUUCGCACCCUGCUGUUUUUGCUUGGCUAGCGUGUAGCCUUGAACUUGGGUGAUGUCUUGUGCUUCUCUGGAUGGAAGAUACAGAGGUGAGUGUAAACUAGCCUGUUGUUCAGAGGGAAAAUUUAUAUCGGUUGUUCCACCUACGGUUUCAUCUGACCCUGCCCUGCCACUAGAAUCUGGCCCGCAGAUAUUUACCCAGAAGGAAAUGUGACCAUCAUGUUAGAAAAGGUCUCCUCCCUCCCCUCCUUACUCUGUAAGAGUUGUGGACUUUUUUAUUCUUAUCCAAAAGAGCAAGCUGGGACACAAUAUGCCAGGCAAAGCAAAUGAAAGUUUGUUUUUUCAGUAAUCACCCUGCUACAAAGCAAGCUCAAGGUCUUUCACAACAGCUUUAAUCUAGAGCUCUGGUUUUGGAAUUGGCAACCCUCUUAUCUAGAACACCCCAGUGAUAAUUCCACAAGGAUCUCAGUGCUGUGUAUGAUCAAAGGCUGUCUUAAUUCUAAGUACAAUACACUUAUGCACUACUUUACUGUAUGCUGCUAGCAUCUAUUGCCAUCUAUUGUCCAAAAGUUGUUUCAUGUUGAGGUUCAUCUGGGGAUUUUAAGGUAAGAAGGGGAGUUGCCAUGGGAAAAUGCCUGACGUAAGGCUUCUUCAAAUUGGCCAGUUACUCCCACACUUCUUAGACUUGGCCAGUGAAAAUAGGGCAAAGCAUGAAGGCCACUUAUGAGAUAAGCUAGUGGCUUUAUAUGAGAAGGAAAUAAGAAAUAAACUUUCCCCUGCUUCCUUUGCAAAGCCUUUUUUCUGGUUACAUUUGCAUAAUUGUUAUAAUUAAUGACUGACAAGUGUGGGAAGUGGAUUCAAGAUGGCUCCCAGCGGGCUAAUCCUCUACUUGCUACAUGAUUGGUCACCUACUAGGGAGAAUAUGAAGGUUCUUCAGAAUACAGUAGAGAAGUCUCAAACUUAAAGUGAAAUGCCGCUUUGUAAAAGCAUUUCACUUCACAAACCCCACAGUUUAGUCUGGCAAACUGUUAUGUGGGGCAAUGCGGAAGCUUUUUUGUGGAUCUGGAAUUUAGGAAUUUGUAGGCUCACCUAUCCUGUUCCUUGUCACUCUAAGGGGGCCCUUUUAUGACAGAAGGAUACUAGCCUACUGUGAUCUUGUUUCUGAAUCAGCGCAAAUGGGUGUUGAGAGGUAGUGAGAAGAGGAUGCUGCCAAAUUAUCAAUGUCUGCUGACAGUUAUGGAGUCAGUCUCUAGAAAUACACCAGUUCUAGAAGAUUCCAAGUAGUGUCUUGCUUGGGAGUAUUUUGUGCACUUUAUUAUUUGUCCAGGGGCAGCAUUUCCUGGUACACUUGAAGUUUCUAGUUCUAGAUUUUUCGGUCUUUCAGGCUUUAAUGUUGCUGUUCAUUGUUUAUUGAUAUAACUGUGCCUUUUAACCUCUUGUUUCCUGAGAUCUUGGAGAAAAACAUUGCCUGCUGGGUGUAGUAUAAUAAGGGAAAUAACAUUUUCUUUCAGGUCACAUAAGUCAUAUUAUAGGACAAUUUGCGAGAUGAUCAUGGGAGCUGAAAGGAAAGGUUACAACAUCUGUCCGUUUUUAGGGCAAGUAAGGAGGCUAGGGGACGCAGGUGGUGCUGUGGGUUAAACCACGGAGCCUAGGACUUGCCGAUCAGAAGGUCAGUUGUUUGAAUCCCUGCGACGGGGUGAGCUCCCGUUGCUUGGUCCCUGCUCCUGCCAACCUAGCAGUUCGAAAGCACGUCAAAGUGCAAGUAGAUAAAUAGGUACUGCUCUGGCAGGAAGGUAAACGGCGUUUCCAUGCGCUGUUCUGGUUCACCAGAAGCGGCUAAGUCAUGCUGGCCACAUGACCCGGAAGCUGUACGCCGGCUCCCUCAGCCUAUAGAGCGAGAUGAGCGCACAACCCCAGAGUCGGCCACGACUGGACCUAAUGGUCAGGGGUGCCUUUACCUUUACCUUUUAAGGAGGCUGGGGGAUGUGGUAGAGAUACAUAAAACUCUACCUGGUGUGGAGAAAGUGAAUAGAGAGACAUUUUCCUCCCUCGUACUGUUAGACCUGGGAUCAUCCAAUGAAGCUGAAGGUCAGAGGUUUGGGGACAGACAAAAAGAAAUACUUUUUCACACAGUCCAUAGUUAUCUAUGUAACUCAUUGUCACAAGAUGUAGUAAGGGGUUUAGACAAAUUCAUGGGGCCUACGGUGAUCAAUGGCUCCUUGUCAUGAAGGCUGUGCACUACCUCCACCGCUGGGGCUCUGGGGAGAGUUCUGUUUGGGCCCAGGUUCUGCUUUGGAGCUUCUAGUUUUGGCAUCUAGUUAACCACUGUGAGAACAAGAUGCUGGACUACAUGGGCCAUUGGCCUGACCCAGCAAGGGUCUUCUUUUGUUCUGUUCAAUAUUGGGACUGUGCGAUCAGAACCAAGGUAGGGAAAUGAAUUCCAGAUGAACUAGUCUAGAAUUUGUAAAACCGUGGAAGGUGUUCCCCUGCCCCCUUAAUUUACUGAGAUGUUCCUGGUGUGUGAGAGAGAAUCGUUAUCAGGAUUGGAGAGGGUACAGCUCUGUGUUAGAGCAUAUGCUUUUCAUGCAGAAGGUUCCAGAGUUUAACCUUGGAUUCCCCAGCUGAAAAAACGACUGGGUACCAGCUCGAUGGUGAUGGAAAGGCAUUUGCCUGAGAGCCACUGCCUAUGAGAGUACAGUCGUACCUUGGAUCCCGAAUGCCUUGGUACUUGGACGUUUUGGCUCCUAAAUGCCGCAAACCCAGAAGUGAGUGUUCCGGUUUGCAAACAUUCUUUGGAACCUGAACGUCCGGCGCAGCUUCUGAUUGGCUACAGGAGCUUCCUGCAGCCAAUCAGAAGCCGUGCUUUGGUUUCCAAAUGUUUUGGAAGUUGAACGGACUUCCAGAACGUAUUCCGUUCAACUUCCAAAAUGACUGUAACUAGUACUGGGCUAGAUGGAUCAGUUGUCUCACGUACAGUAAGGGCAUGUCAUUUUAGGUGGUAAAACUUAAUUUUUUGCAUUUAUUGACAAUUACUGUAUUUUGCCUAAUGGCGAGUGAAAAUUUCAUUAGUCCCUUUCUUCCCUUGAGGUCACAAUGCCAUCGUUUCCCACAGAAGCCGGGAUGGACACCUUGGCUUGCUCUCACUUCUCAGCCAGCUGCACACCCAAUGGAAUUCCGGAGAAGGAGCCUUGCACCUCCCCAGAGAAGGAGAGGAAGUGGAUCAGGCCUGACAUUCCAAGCAAGUGUACCUGGGAGCUUGGGAAAUCUCCUUCUGAGUCGCCCCAUCGCCAUGUUGCAAGGUAAGCUGCCAUUCAAUAGAACCGCAAACUGAAGUCUGAUUAGCUUUGGUAGUUAGAAUCCAGUGCGCUCGUUUGGUUUGAUACUUUGCAAGCCAUGUUCAGGUGCUGGUGGAUAUUGCUGUGGGGUUUACAGUUGUUUCCCAUCCCUGCUGUAUAUUCCUGUGUCUUUCUGGUUUAGAUCCGAGACUCCAAAAAUUAUGCCAGAUAUCCUCAAGAAGAUCGGCGAUACUCCCUUGGUGCGAAUCAACAAAAUUGGGAAGCUCUUUGGACUUAAAUGUGAACUUUGUAAGUAUCUUCUGGUUAGCUGGAGUUGUAAAUGCAAACAUUUGUGCUGUCGCAAUGAUCAAGAAGGACCAGUUCAGCCAGGAUUUUGGUAGUGUUUGCUGUAAACUCGGCUUGACUGUAAAGCCCACUGGCCAGUUCAAAAGAGAAAUACUGCAUUGGGCUGAUUCAGAGCUGAUAUCUCAAAAGCCUUUUGUUUUGUCACCUUCUGUGUUAAAUUAUAUUUCUUUAAUUUUACCUCUGUCAUUUGUAGACUGCCCAAUUGACAAUGUCCUCUGGAUUGACAUAAACCAGAAACAAUAAAAAGAAGCCCAGAAAAAUAAAAUAUAACUAAUCACAGUACAGAACUAACUAAAUAAAUAAACUAGUAGUGCCAAAAUGAUACCGAAUGAAUAGUUAGUGGGUGUUGUCUGCAACGAGGUGCAAAGGAAGUGGGGAGCUAUUCCUGCACCAUGUGUGUUUGUGCACCCAGCGAGGCUAUAAAUUGGCCAGGUGCAUUUUUCCCCUGAAAGAGGGCUAGACAUUAAAAGCUGACGUGUCCCCUCUUUUUGAUAAACAGGGGGGAAAAUGAAACCUAGUUGAAACAUAGUCUUUGUGCUUUCCAGUGGCAAAAUGUGAGUUUUUCAAUGCUGGAGGGAGUGUGAAAGACCGGAUCAGCCUAAGGAUGGUAGAAGAUGCUGAAAGGGAUGGGAUUCUGAAACCUGGAGAUACCAUUAUCGAACCAACGUCAGGAAACACAGGUACGGUUGCUUUGGAGUGAGAUCAAUUGCAGUGUGACUCUGGGCUGUGUUGUUGGGCAUAGCAGUAAUGCAGACAGGAGAAUAAUAGGACAGGGAUUGCUGAACAGGUAUCUGGGGAGCUUUAUUUCUCCCCAAAAUGGAAGCAUCAUGCCGGAUAUGAGAACAUUAAGCAUGUACUUAAUGCUCUCCCAUGAAAGUCAGUGAGAUAAUCAAGCAAUAUCUCUGGUGUAAAGUCAUGGAGCUCUUUGUGUUUACCAAACUGAAUGAGAAACACUGUCAGAGCUAGUUUUCCCAACAGUUUACCUUUUAGAAUCUAUGUUCACUUGCAAUUUUUUUUUUUAAGGAAACUCAUCCUUCUUUUAACAAUUUCCAGUCCUCUAUUAGAUUAUGCUUUCAACAGAGCUGUGGAACGUUACUCAUUCGUAUAGACACAAUGUGAUAUCACAUCCAGAGGAGAAAACAAGUAUGGAGAAAGCUUUAGUUGUCCUUAUACGCUGGUACAGUAUAAUGGUUAAGGACAUGAACUAUGAGCUGGAAGGUCCCUUGUGUGAAUCACAUUAAUUCAGCCUUGAAUUCACUUGAUAGCUUUUACUGCGUCUCUGUCAGACCCCCGCCCCCCAAAUCAUCAGGAUGUUAUAUAAACAGCAAAUGUCGCCUGAUCCUUUUCAUUUUCAUUCCAACAGCCUUGGAAACUGUUACAUCAAAGUGUUGCUUGAAAGCCAAGGACUGAUGUUGUGGUUUAAUUGAUCAGAAGUUGUUCAGGGGCCUUUGAAUUCUUAAGUUCCUUGAUGCUCCGCUUAACACUCAGCAGUCAAGUCAGAGAAGGUAAACCAAUGGUAGCCAGAGCUGCCAUGACACCUCUGGCUGCAGAGAGACACUGUGAAAUCAGAGCUGAUUGGCAUCAAUAAAUGAGGGUCAUGCAGAGAGGAAGAAAUGGAGGGGGCGGUUGAAAGGCUGAAGAAAUCAGUGAACACAGAGGAGCUUUAAAAGGGGAACAGAACCAUGAUCUGUUGUAAUGACAGGGCCUAAGCUAAUCUGUAACAUGGGGGCAUUGUAAGGAUUACUGAGCAAUGUAUAUGAACAGAUAGCGUUUCCUACCUAAAUGGUAAGCAGUCUUAUUGGAUUAGCUUUUCACUCUUCUCUUGGGAAUCUUCCAGUGCUGCAUAAUUCCGCAAACAUAUUAGAACAUCAAUACUGCUUUUGUUAAAAAGAACAGUGUGAUCUUUGGCAUCUCUUAAGAUCUAAGCUGUACCUCUUGCUCUCCUACACUCUCAGAAAACACAGACCGCUCUGUUGUGGUUCUGUUCUGCACAGGCCGAGUUUAGAGUGUUAUGAUUGUGUUACAUACAAGUGGACACAAAACUUCACAGCAGGCAGUUGUCCUUGUAGUUGAAACAGCCUUAGUUUUUUACAGUGAAUGUAUUGAAUGCUUUCUCGUCAAUCUCUGAAAUGGUACCUUCCAGUGGUUAGCGAUAUUGCCCCCUGAUGUCUGGGGAAAAGAUGAAGCAGGAUGUAAUCCUAAACUGCCAUGUGUGUUGGGAGAGAAGCAUCCACACAACUAGAAGUGUCUUGAAAGCUUUUUUAACUACAGCCAGAAACUUGGCUAAACAGGCAGUCUGCUUGUUAAUAUAAAAAUGGUUUGUUCUAUCAGUAUGAGUACCCAGUUGGUCCAGAAUGGCAGGGCAUACAUUUCAGGGAUGUCACAACUCAGUGGUAGAACAUAUGCUCUGCCUACAGAAGGUCUCAGGUUCAAAUCCCUGGCAUCUCUAGAAAAGACUGGAAAAGGUUCCUUUCUGAGUACCUGGAGAGACACGUCAGUUGGUGUAGACCUGCCUUCCCCAAACUGGUACCCUCUCAGAUGUUUUGAACCACAUCUCCCAUUAUCUUUGACCAUUGACCAUGGUGGCUGGGACUGUUAAUAACUCUAGUCAAAAACAUCUGCAGAGCACUAGCUUGGGGAAGACUGAUAUAGACAGUACUAUACGACAUAGGCAACUAGUUGGACUCUGUAUAAGGCUGGUUCCUCUGCUCCUGCAAGUAAAGAGUUUUAAAAUAUAAAUGUGUGGCUUCCUUCAGUGAUGCAUUUCCUUGGUUCCAGGGAUCGGACUGGCUUUGGCAGCUGCAGUGAAAGGCUACCGCUGUAUCAUCGUCAUGCCAGAGAAAAUGAGUAUGGAGAAGGUCAGAGCUGCUUAUCAUUUCAGAUGCUUACAAAUCGUCACUUGUUGUGUAAUUGGUUAACUGGGACAUCGUUAGCCAGCAACGCAGAUAGCUGCAUAUGGGGUAGAUGCUGUUUAAUACGGUAGUUCUCAAACUUGCUGUUUCAGUGAGGUAGCAAAAUGUUUAAAGAGGUUCAGGAUUUGGACUGACAUUCCGUAUUUUAAGUUUAGACUGGCAUUACGCUGGGAGUAAAAUAGCUAACAUCUGAAUUAAUACAUAGUGAAAGCCACUCAAAGUCUUAUAGCUUAAAGUUUAAUUUCACCAUUGCUCGGGUGUUGUGUGGUGCAUUUCACAAAUUUGUUUUUUUGAAAUCAGGUGGAUGUUUUGCGUGCUCUUGGGGCAGAAAUUGUGAGGACUCCAACUACUGCUAGAUUUGACUCUCCAGAAUCUCAUGUCGGCGUGGCAUGGAGACUGAAAAAUGAAAUCCCUAAUUCCCACAUAUUGGAUCAGGUAAAGAGGCAGAAGGAGAGAAGUACUUCAGAUAGCUAGGUCCUAAGUGGAAUACAGUCCUUUUCAUUCAUCGUUCUAAUAUCUCACUGACGCUGAUAAGUUAUAAUUCCCAAUUCUCAGGCAAAGGGAUGGAAAAGUCCCUGCCUGAAACCCGGGACAGCCUUCACAGGUCAAUAUAGACCAGUCUUCCCUGACUUGGUGCCUUCCAAGUAUUUUGGACUACUCAUCCCAUCAACAUCAGUCGGCAUGACUAAUGGUCAGUUAUGAUUGGAACUGUAGUCUAAAACAUUUGGAGUGGCACAGGUUGGGAAAGGCUGAUGUAGACAAUACUGAGCUAAUAGAACCAAUGGCUUGUUUCAUUAUAAGUCAGCUUCCUAUAUAAUCAAUCUUAAGUCAAUUGGACUAAAGUUAAUUGCACUUAACUUGUCCUCCAACUCAUACACAAUUGUCAUCCUGUGGGUGGGGCUCUAUUGUGGGCUAGUUAGCCACUGAAGAGGAGCAAGCAUUCGUGGUACGUAAGGAGCUUGAACACCUCUAAAAAAAAUAAAAUUAAGUUAAGUGGUGCUGAGACCAUAAUUGGAACUCCCUUCCUUUUGCUAUCUGAUAAGUGCCUUCACUGUAUUCUUUUUGGUGCCUGCUGAAGACAUUUUUAUUUAGACAAGUCUUCCCAGGUGUUUAGAAAGUGUGUAUGAGUUCUACUUUGUUUUAGCCUAUUCUGUUGUGGGUUAAACUUUUGGUAUGUUUUAAAUUAUGGUUGUGAGCAUUUUAGUGAGCAUUUUAUUUUAUCUUUUUUGUAAACCACUUUACAAAAUCAAGCAGUAUGUAAAUUUUAUGAAAUAAAAUAGUAGUACUUUGGCAAAGAAAUACCCCAUGUUCUACUCUGGGGGUAUAUCAAGGAACAGGGCCUUCUCAGCAGUGGCCCAAAAUUCCAGAAACCAGAUCCGAGGAAGAUCAGGCAGGUGCUAUUUGUAGAGACUUUCAAGUGGGCUUUGAAGACUUUCGCUCCCUCUCUGUAACUUUCUGUGGAUGAGGUAAAUUAGAUUGUCAAGAUAAUGUCCUAAAUUGAAACAUGGGAAACUCUCUUCUACUGAGUCAGGCCACUGGUCAUCUAGCUCAGUUUUGUCUACUGGCAGCUGCUCUCCAGAGUUUCAGGCAGUGGCGUAGCGUGGGUUGUCAGCACCCGGGGCAAGGCAAGUAAUUUGCGCCCCCUAACCCGUGGAGCCAGGUAGGGGCAGAGAGCUGCGAGUACGAGCGCCCCCCCCAGAUGUUGCGCCCGGUGCGCCCGGCCCCCCCUGCACCCCCCACGCUACGCCACUGGUUUCAGGCAGUUUUUCCCAGCCCUGUCUCAAAACACCAGGAAUUGAACCUGGCUCCUUUUGCAUGUGCUCUGUCAUUGAGCUAUGGCCCUUCCUGAUAGCAUGAGGAUUUGGUGUGGUGGGUUGUUCUUGUGUUUACUUUUUAGAUUAUUAUUAAAUGGGCUUGCUUUUAAUGGUACUGCUUUUUGCUAUUGUAUACUGCUUUGUGGAGGAUUCUUCCUUUAAAAAGCAGCUUAUAGAUUUAUUAAACAUUUAAGUCCAUGUGUGUUCCAGCAACAGCCCUCUUUGUAAACUUGCCAGACUGUUGUUUUUCUACAUUUUCCUUUCAUUUUUCAACAUAGUACCGCAACGCCAGCAACCCCCUGGCCCAUUACGAUUCCACGGCUGAGGAGAUCCUGCAGCAGUGUGAUGGUAUGUUCAGCCGGCAGGUAACUCUUGGGCCCCUCAUCCUAGAUGCUUUGAGAAAAGGGGGGUUCUGGUAAAUUACAAGGCUACUAUAGGGCCAGGAUGCAUAGACAUGGUAUCAGUGGGUGUCCAACAGCCCACAAGCAACUUUUCUCCUGCAAGUUUGCCAUGCCCGAGAAUGAUAGAGUUGGAAGGGACCCCAUGGGUCAUCUAGUCCAACCCCCUGCAAUGCAGGACUCUCAACUAAAGCAUCCGUGACAGAUGGCCAUCCAACCUUUGCUUAAAAACGUCCAAGGAUGGAGAGUCCACAACCUCCCGAGAAGUGCUAUGACAUCUUUUAAUUGGCAUGGUGUUCUAAUGGAUGGAACCGAGAUGAGGCUUCAACAUUGCUAUAACUUAGCAAUUCCACAGCACAUCCCGGUGCAUAACGUAUUUUACAAUCCUUAUCUCAAAUUAUUCUCAAAAUAGCUCUCUCUGGCUGGUUAGGCUCGGUCCCAAUUAACACGUUGCAACAAAGUGGAUGUACUACCAUGUAUUUGUGUCACUGGGUAAAUGUCCGCUUCACACAUUAUCAAGUACGCCCUAAAUGGAGCAUUGCAUGAGUGUGGGGUGGACCUGCGACAUCCACAACAUGUGAACCAGUAGCUAGAGACAGUGCUUUACCUAAAACCAUCGGUGGAGCUUUGUGCCAGAGCAAAGAUUUAGAUAUUGGUUUCCCAUCUUGAAAGCCCAUAUCUAUAUCUCUAAAUGAAUAUCUCAUAGAUCCAUAGAUACAGGAUUAUUGUUUCAUUUGCUUAUGUAUUAUUACAUGCCCUAGGCUUUCAGGACCUGGCAGGCCAGACAGAUUAGUAAAUAAAUACAUUUGCUGGCAUUUGCUAUAGAGUGGAAAUGUGAAUCUAGGAUUCACAUAAUCUAUGGAUGCUCUCUUAUGUUUAUGCAGUUAAUCUGGGCUCCAGUUGAUGUUUUGGGGAACAAUUCUAUGAUUAAGUUGCGAUUCCUGCAUUGUAGGGGGUUGGACUAGGUCAUGUUCACAGUACAGUCGUUACCUCUACUUACGUAUUCCUCUUGAUAUGGAAUCUUCGGGUUACAGCCAUGGCAAACCCGGAAGUGUCUACUUCCGGGUUUCGCCGUGCGCACAUGUGCAGAAGCGCACCUCUAUUUACAUAAUUUUCAGGGUGCGAACGGACCCCCAGAAUGAAUUAAGUUUGUAUCUGGAGGGUCCACUGUAUAACCUAUUGCAUUUUUUGCAUUUGCUAGCUUAAGGCCAGUAGAGGGAGCUCCCACAUAGCAUUUUUGUCUGAUGAAAUGUGUUUCCUCUGCCUGUGCCAUACUGAGGCAAAAACCCUUAUACUAGAAUUGGCUAAAAGACUGUAUCCAUUCAGAUUUGUGUCUUUAAUUCUUUUUGGCCACUUCAACUGUACACAUGUUUCUGCCUCUCUGAUAGGUCACGUAGACAUGAUUGUAGCUGGAGCGGGUACAGGAGGCACCAUCACUGGCAUUGCCCGAAAACUAAAGGAAAAAUGCCCUGAAUGCAAAGUAAGUCCCAGGCUAGGGCAGGCCUCUCAACCACUGCUUCAUCAUUUUCCAUUGUUUAUGGAUUUAUGUGAUCCCGAGCCUUAUUGGGGUAUAGGGAGUCUCAUGAGCCUUGUGUUUUCGUCACCCUACUGCGUUAUCUCUGUUUGUCAAGCCUUCUGUUCUCAUGUUCCAGGAUGGGCCCAGGCAGACAGGCAUUUCUGCCCUUAAAGCAGGCAGUGGGACCUGUGAGACAGGCUUCUCUCGACCAGAGUUUGCUUCCAUUCUGUUCCAUGGCUUCUAGGGUGACAGCCUUCACCAUGCACACAGAUCUGCCCCCAAAAUGGAGCUCAUUAGCAGUCAUGGUGCCUGGGAAAAGCACUGUUGUUGCCAUGAUGACAUGGAUUGCCACCAGCUAUAUCAUUGAUUGCUGCCUGUACACUUGCUAUUUGCAUUUUUAUCCUCAUGUAUGUAUGUCUAAGGAAAGUUGGGACUACUUGCACAGGCAGAACAUUCCUAUGUAGACCAGCUCAUUAUGUUCAUGUUAAGCAUUCUUGAUGCAAGAGUGUCCUUUAUACUGUUGCACACCUUGCAUACGGCAGUCCGGUCAUCACUUAUUCCUUAUCCUUAACUAUGCACCUGGAAGCCCACAAGGGAAAAGCAGUUGGGGAACGAUUCUGAGCAGAAAACCAGCUGUCAAGGAUAGGGUCAAGUACACCCCAGAGCCAGUCGCCUUGGCAUGGAUGUUGAAAUCAUCCAAAACCAGCAGUCCAGGGGUUCCUCAACACCAGCUCUUAGACCAGCUCUGUCAGUUCAGGCAGGGAGACUCUAGCAAGGUGGGCAGUAAACAAACAGAAUCCCUAGUCUAUUCUGAUUCCCCAGUGCCAGGAACACAAACUCUAGAUCAACCCCCCGAACUAGACAGAAAUUCCUAUACUUUUAAAAAUUUGGGCAGAAUUGUGUGAAAUUUGCCAGCAAGGUCACCCCUUUGGAGAAUGUAAAUACUACCAAUUUUGAGAAAGAUGUUUCAAAGAAUCUAAUAAUUUUAUUGUGUCCAACAUAGGCAUUUUAUCCUCACAUGAAACAGAAUACUUAGUAGAAUCUUAAGAGUAAUAAAACACGCUGGACAUCUUGUAUCCUGUACUGUGAUUCCUUACAAAAUUAUUUGAGUGAUAUAGAGAUGUAUGUCACUGAGCACAUAAUAUCAUGUUUCCGUCUGUAUCACCUGUUGGGGUUAUAUAUAUGUAAUGAGAGCUAACAUCUGAAUGGAUCCAGAGCACACUUGUUGACAUUUGCCCUUUUACUAAGCCAAACGAAAGCAGUGUAGGAGCAAGUGAGUUUUUUCACGUGCUUUAAAAGCAAUGAUUGACAUCAGGUUUGGUGUUUUCCAAGUUUUAAUGACAGGGAAAACAUCUUUGCAAUGCCACAACAAUUUUGACUUACUAUGACUGAUUUAACAAUGCUGUUCUUGAUAGCCAAACGCUGACUCAAUGCUAAAACCUCUCUUGCAGAUUAUAGGUGUUGAUCCCGAAGGAUCCAUUCUUGCAGAGCCUGAAGGACUAAAUAAUACAGACAGCACAACUUAUGAAGUGGAAGGGAUUGGAUACGACUUCAUCCCUACUGUUCUGGACAGAUCAGUAAGUCAGACUCCCCUCAUGUGCAUGGCUUACAGUCCCCUUACUGCUGAACACAUCUUGCUGGCGUGUCCAUAAUUCUUAGGUCUUUGGAAAGGCCUUUUUUGCAUCUGAUUUCCUGCUGUGAACUUAGUCACACUUCCUCAGGAAAUGCAUAGACACUUUGCUUUCCAAGUUUUCCUGUGUCCUUUUUCAUAGAUCCCCUCACUUUGUCUUUAUUUCCCUGUGGCUACAUGUGGCUCAUUCCUUGCCAAAAUAAUGCACGCAGAGCAAAUAAUGGAGCUCAGAAAUGCAUAUGCAAAUGUGCCUAAUAUUUUCCCAUUGAGCAGUAGAAAAUCUGUGGAUGUAGUCAACUGCCUUCUGCUGACUCAGACCAUUGGUCGGUCUAGUUCAAUAUUGUCUACACUGCUGCUCUCCAGGGUUUUUGGGCAGGAGUGUUUAGCAGCUGUACCCGAAGAUGCCAAGGAUUAAAUAUAAACAUCCACCACUGAAAUGCACAAUAAAACAACCCCAUUAAUACAGUUCAGCAGUUGAAACAGGAGACUGAGGAGAUCGAGGGGAUGUCUGUAUAUGUGGGCAGCAGGAAGACAGUUUCCAGAUUUCUCCCAAAUUUGCGGCAGUGGACCCAAGAGUCUGCCACUAGAAUCCAUGUCUUCUGUCCACUGAAUUUCUUGGCCUGCUUAGUAUCGACUUAAGGGCCCAAGUGCAGAGACAGGUUCAAGGCUUCAUGUUUUUUUUGUUUCCUCGCCCUUUCUUCCAGUUGGUGGACAAAUGGUACAAGUGUAAUGAUGAAGAAUCUUUUGCCUGUGCGCGCAUGUUAAUCAGAGAUGAAGGAUUGCUGUGUGGUAAGUGCUUUCUGAGAGCUAUAUUUGUAUUCGUUGAGAAUUGAGUACUCAAGGUGACAGUAACAGUUGAGAAUGAACCUCUUUGCUCUCGAGACCAAGUCAUCCUUUCCUUUUUGUCACACUAGUGGGUCACUGGUAUAUGAGUACUGUAAAGCACCACGUUUGGUAGCUUUUGAAAAAAUAAAUAAAAACAGCAGUAGAUUGUUGUGAGGGGCGUAUUCUUAAUUGCCUGCAUAGGCCUGGCAGAAUAGAAGAGUUUUCCGCAGGCAUUCAAAAGUUGGCACAGAAGGCACCCGUUGUUCAGACAUUAGAAGACAAUGUCACUUCUUUUAGAAUAUAUAUCCAAUUAAGCACCUGCAACUGUACCUGUAGUUGCUUCUCGGGUUCAGCACACAAUAAAGGCAGCUCUAAUUAUAGAGCCUUUCCUUAUUUAAAUUUUUUUAUUUAAAAUAACUACAUACAGUCAGAGAAUUAUUUCUGAAUACUCCACAGAGCUUUGUCAAAGCAUUUAUGCUAAAAUCAUCACAAUCUUAACAAACACAAAAUGAUGCAUUAUAACCUCCAUUGCUUUGGCGGUUCCAACUGAACAUUUCCAUGAAAGGAAGGAGUCUUUGCUGCUAUUUGCUGGCUCUUGCAGAACACCUAGCUUUUCUGAACAGAAAGAAUGAGGAAAUGAUUGCUUGGGUUGUUUUCUUCCCUCCGACACCGCUGUUGCCUGUAUGAUACACAUGCCAGUCUUGGUUAUAAUAUGGCAGUAGCAGAAAGGCAAUCUUGAGAGGUAAGGCAAAAGAUUCAGUUAGAAAAGUCAGCUCCAAGGUGCUGGGGGUUUUUUUGCCAACAUUUUUCCAUAACUCCAUUACACCAUGUAACAAAAUUGAAUUUCCAGUGCAUUUCUGGGAACAAGUUGUGAGAUAGUGGCUUGCACCAGGCUGGUCUAUUUAAUGAUGCCUUCUUAUCCUGGGGUGAGUAGGGAUAUGUCCUUUUUACAGUUAUUGAUGGAUGAGCACUUUGAGGCACUUCUGUUGUUGUUUGAAUACUUGUUGUGCCGUAUGUUUUUUAUGAAUUGUAAGUCACUUUGAGACAACUUUUUUGUGGAAAUUGAUGAGAUAUUGAUAACGUAUACUUUGUUAAUGAUCAAGUUACUAGGACUGCAGGCUCUCCCACUAUUCUUUGUCUCCUUUUACAUCUGCAUUUUCAAAAUGGCUUCCAUGCCGUUUUAAUGGUGUCCUCUGUCUUCUGUCAGGUGGCAGCUCAGGCAGUGCUAUGUCUGUUGCCGUCAAGGCUGCCAAAGAGCUGAAAGAAGGCCAGCGCUGUGUCGUCAUCCUUCCAGAUUCUGUCAGGAACUACAUGUAAGUAGGUGUCUUGUUUCUCUGUUUCUGAUGCUGACUGUGAGGUAGGGGACCCUGCCUGCACGACUAACACUGCCCAUUUGGCAUUGCACCUCUGAAUGUGAUGGUGGCAGCAGCAUGGCUAAGUGGCUCCAGCACUGCUGCUGUAGUGUAUGAAAGGCAGCUAAAAUAAUAAUAAAAAUAAAAAUUAUUUUAUACCCCGCCCAUCUGGUGGCUGGGUUUCCCCAGCCACUCUUAGCAGCUCCCAACAGAAUGUUAAAAACAUCAAACAUUAAAAACUACCUGAACAGGGCUGCCUUCAGAUGUUUUCUAAAAGUCAGGAAGUUAUUUCCUUGCCAUCUGAUGGGAGGGCGUUCCACAGGGCGGGCACCGCUACCAAGAAGGCCCUCUGCCUGUUUCCCUGUAGCUUCAGUUCUCACAGUGAGGGAACUGCCAGAAGGCCCCCGGCGCUGGACCUCAGUGUCCGGGCAGAAUGAUGGGGGUGAAGACGCUAUACGGGGCCGAGGCCAUUUAGGGCUUUAAAGGUCAGCACCAACACUUGGAAUUGUGCUCGGAAACAUACUGGGAGCCAAUGUAGGUCUUUCAGGACCGGUGCUAUAUGGUCUCAGUGGCCACUCCCAGUCUAGCUGCUGCAUUCUGGAUUAAUUGUAGUUCCUAGGUCACCUUCAAAGGUAGUCCCACGUAGAGUGCAUUGCAGUAGUCCAGGCAGGAGAUACAAGAGGACGGGCACUUGAAGUUAUGGCAUCUCAGAUAAGGCCCACCCUCUCACACUCACUGCCAUUGCCCCUGUGCUGCCCUCCCACCUCAAGCUCACUCACUCUGAGAGACUACCACUGUUCAGUGAUUUUCUUGGGUAUGGACCCCCCUCUGCCAGUUUUUCCACCCAUCCUUCCCACUGCCACUUUCAUGCCCUAGCCUAGCCAUGUUGACUUCUCCCUUGCAGGGCUGGUGCCUGUGUCAUGGCCCAGUUUGACCUGUGGGUGAGCCAGCCUGAUUAUAUUCUCCUUAUGUAGACUUUUACAACUGUCUCACUGAGAACCAAGCGUAUUAAAAGAGAGCUGUUUAUUCUACGUGCAAGCUAUGAAAUGUUAUGCCGUGUCAUCCUUUACAGCUUAUUUGCUUUUAAGGCAGGUAUAACCUAAAUUGCUACUUGUGACUUGUUUUGUUUCUUGAUUGCUUCCAGGUCCAAGUUUUUGAAUGACAAAUGGAUGACUCAGAAAGGCUUCAUGAAAGAAGAAGAUGACAUUAUUAACAAGCCCUGGUGAGGUGACCAUGCCUGUGAAGGCUUAGUAAAAUAAGUUGCGACCAAAAACUCACCCUUAAGUCAAAAUAUUUUUUCUAAUAUGGAUAGUUAAGUCUACACAAGCUAACUUCAGAAAUAUGUCCAGAAGUAAUGUUGCUUUGGAUACCGUAUUUUUCGCUCUAUAACACGCUCCCAACCAUAACACGCACAUAGUUUUUAGAGGAGGAAAACAAGAGAAAAAAAAUCUAAACGAAACAGUGGAUGUAUGAUUUUUGUGGUUCAUGCUGUGGCCACAGACAUGUGAUCUGACGGUGAGUUUGGGGUAGCUCAAUGCAAAAAUCCUGAGGAUCUAUGUGGAUCUGUGCUUUGUAACCACGUUUUUGCACCACUGCGGCCCCAGGCAACAGUGGGUGCGUGAUUUUUUUGGUGCAAGCUGUAGCCAUGGACAUGCUAUGUGAUCUGAUGGUGAAUUUGGGGUGACCCAGUGCACUGAGGAUCCAUGUGGAUCCAUGCUUUGUAACCAUGUGAAUGAAGGAACUGUCAGUAAUGUAUGGUAUCUCCAAUACAGUGAUGAAGGAAGAGGAGGGGGGAGCUCACACUUGUCCUAGGCAAAGCAGCCAACUCCUAUAGGCCUAGGUGCCUUCACCCCACCCCCAUUAAAUAUUUGAGGGAGUCAUCCCCCACCCCCCAUUGUGGUAUGUGAGUGGGGCUUACCUGGCUGUCCCCCCAAUAUUUUUUGAAGUUGGAAGAGGGAGGGAGGGAGGGAAGGAAGAGAGAGGGGGAACUCACAUUUGUGCAGCUGCCUUGCCUCGAACCGGAGCAAAAAGAGGAGGAGGAGACUCAGGGACACCAGCCUUGUAAGCCGCUUUGUUUGAAUUUACCGGUGAGGUGCUGGGGGAGGGACGGAAGGGGAUGCCCUCUUUGUCCCUCCUUCCAGCUCAUUGUAAAGAAAGCAGAGUAAGAGCCGCUUACAUUUGUGUAAGGGAGAGCCAUAGAGCAGGCAGACACUGAGAAAGAGAGGCUGUCUCCCUUUCCCCACCUUGGCUUUUACACGCUGCGCGCAGCUCUUGCCGGCUUCCGAGCUGCCUCCCUUCUCCCACCUCGCCAAAAAGCCAUAGAGCAGGCAGACAGGAGGAAGAGAGGCUGUCUCCCGACACUCAGCUGUUGCUCAGCUGUUGCCGGCUUCUCAGCCAGCCAAGCGGAGGAAGAGAGGCUGCCGAACAGCCAGCAAGAGUGGCUCCUCCUGCCUGCAUUCGCUCCAUAACGCGCAGACACAUUUCCCUUUACCUUUUAGGGGGGGAAAACUGAGUGUUAUGGUGCGAAAAGUACGGUAAUUGCUGCUGUUUGAAGUUAUCUGCCCCUCUCCCUGCAUCUACCUCCACCUCAGUCAUAAAUAUUAAAAUGGCAUCUAGUGCCUUGUUGGCAUUACUCAGCUUUAACUAGGGAGUUUAUAGGGCAGUCAUUAUUCAGUACUAGUUCUGGUAUAAUCCAUUUACAAAUUGUGGGGGGGAAAUUAAGGGUACAUUUCUUGCCAGUCUGAUAUAGUGGUUAAGAGCAGUAGUCUCGUAAUCUGGGGAACCCGGUUCGCAUCUCCGCUCCUCCACAUGCAGCUGCUGGGUGACCUUGGGCUAGUCACACUUCUCUGAAGUCUCUCAGCCCCACUCACCUCACAGAGUGUUUGUUGUGGGGGAGGAAGGAAAAUGAGAUUGUUAGCCGCUUUGAGACUCCUUAGGGUAGUGAUAAACUGGGAUAUCAAAUCCAAACUCUUCUUCUUCUUUUCUUAAAUUCUCUUUUCCCCUGCCUCUAUUUUUGCUGUGAUGAUUAUGCAUGGAGGAUGUGAAACUGAAGAGAAAGUCAAUGACUUGGCAAAGUCUGAACCUAGGUCUCCAAGAUGCAGUAACAUUACAACUCAUAUUGUCCACACUGACCCACUCUAGGCUCUGGAGAUAUAAAAGUGUUUGUUCAUGUUGAAGAUACAAUUCCAGCUAUACUAAACUAGGCAUUAGAUUUUGAUUUCCAGAGGAAUGGCCAUGUUAAUCUGAUGCUUAUGGCACCAUAUAGGCCAACGGGUUUAUAGUGGCAUAAGCUUUCAUGGACUCAGCCCCACUUUAUCAAAUCCAUGAAGUGCUAAGCACAGUUGGCAGGGGUGUGCGAGAGAGAAAGGCACGUACACACAGCAACUGUGAAAAGUACAGGCUGUGGAAAUUCUAAGUCAGGCUUAAGACACACAGAGUGACCCUUCACAACAGCAGUAGUUUAUGAUAACCCAAUUAUCCAGAUUUUAUUAUUGUGGUACGAUGGCUGUGUUAUUGUCAGUUAUGGUCACUUUGCUUAGACUGCAUAGGAUAGUCACAGUCCUUUUUGCAUUCCAUGGCUGCUACUUCCAUUUUUCUUUUUCCCUAUGUCCACCUGUGUAUAUUCAUAGUGGUACCUCCGUUUAUGUAACCCUCUGGUUAUGUAAACUUCAGGAUGCGUGCACGGCAAACCUGGAAGCAUUUUACCGGGUUUCGCCGCAUGCACAGAAGCGGUCCUCAGGUUGCGGAAACCUCGGUAUCCGACUGGACCUCUGGAAUGGAUCCCAUCCACAACCGGAGGUAAAAAGGUAAAGGUAAGGGUACCCCGGCCGUUAGGUCCAGUUGCGGAUGACUCUGGGGUUGCUCACUCAUCUCGCUCUAUAGGCCGAGGGAGCCAGUGUUUGUCCGCAGACAGCUUCCGGGUCAUGUGGCCAGCAUGACUAAGCCGCUUCUGGCGAACCAGAGCAGUGCAUGGAAAUGCCGUUUACCUUCCCGCCAGAGCAGUACCUAUUUAUCUACUUGCAUUUGACAUGCUUUCAAAUUGCUAGGUGGGCAGGAACAGAGACCAAACAAUGGGAGUUCACCCCGUCGCAGGGAUUCAAACUGCCGACCUUCCAGUCGGCAAGCCCUAGGCUCUGUGGUUUAGACCACAGCGCCACCCGCAUCCCUUGCAACCGGAGGUACCUCUCUCUCUCUGUGUGUGUGUAUGUAUGUAUGUAUGUAUGUAUGUAUAUACACAUUGCUAACUGAGGACAGAUCUUUGUGUGUCUAAUACAGGUAGACUACAAUCACAAGAUCUUGUGUACUUUAAAAAAAAAAACUCUUAGUCAUUCAGGUGGCACAAGACUCUUUAAAAUGUUGAUGGUUAACUCUUUUCAAAUAGGGAGGGUUUUUUUUUUACUAUUUGUCCUGGCUCUGAGCAUCCAUAUAGUCUCAUUUGAGCCAAAAUACACCAUAUGGUGAAAGAUUACCCCAGCCAGCAUGGCCAGUCAUCAGGAAUGAUGAAAGUUGCAUGCUCUAAACAUCAAUCCAUCCUAAAGACAAGCACGUGCUCCGGAAUACCCUGAACAACCUUUUCUGUUAGUAGGACAGAGGGCACUUAAAUACAGUAAUUGGCUUCAUGAGCGUUUCCAGGAAAAGCUUACGUUAAGAUACAAACUACUAAGAUGCAAAUGUUUCUCGGUCCUUGAAUUGCUUGUGUAAAUUCCUGGGUGGAGAGUGAUUUUAUAUUUGUUUUGUUUAUUUUCCUAGGUGGUGGCACUUGAAAGUUCAGGAAUUGUGUCUCUCUGCUCCCCUGACAGUACUACCAAGUGUUACCUGUGAAAAGACCAUUGAAAUACUCAGAGAAAAGGGAUUUGACCAAGUACCUGUUGUUGAUGAAUCUGGGUAUGUGUAGAUUUUCCUCCCUUCCAAGUAUACCCAGUUUAUAAAUGUAUAUUUAGUAUCUAGGUGCACACACAUAGUCAUUCCUGCCAUUUGGUUUCAUCCACCUCGUUUCAUGAUCCCAUCUAGUUUGCUUCUCUGAAUUUUCAACUAUGAGCCUUCGCCUGCAUUUUGCUCACCAGAUCAAUCCCCUGGUACAGAAAGUCUCCUGAAAUUGGUUGAUCAGGCCCCUGAUUAGAGACUAAUUUGGAGCGAAACCUCCCACCUUUUUUGUUUUUCUGUCCCUGUGCUAUAUAGGACAUCAACAAAGAUUUUUGAUUGUCACUUCCGUCACAGGUGUGGCUUUUUAAAAUCUUCACUUAAAAUCAUGGUAUGGUUUAUUAUCUUUUUAGGGCCAGAGUCAUCUGCUUCAAAUGACCCAUAAAAGAAUUAACUGAGCCUAAAUUGCAUCUCAGUCCUGAAGUCACCAGGCAUGAAAUAGGCCAGUGGGAUGGUCAGCAUUGCAGGUGGGUCAGACAGGGACAAGUUGCAAUGCAGGCAGGAUGUUCACUCCCAAAAGUUCAUCCCAGUUAACAACGGAAGCUAAACGAGGUUUAUUCUGUGACUCUCACAUCAUUUGCAAUAAAAGCAGCGCAGGCACCACUGACUACUAUAUUUAAUCCUUGGCAUUUCAGGGUUUAUAGCACACAUUUUUUGGAAGGGGAGCAAUUAGGAAAGGGAAAACGGUAAGCAGGGAAAGUUCCUCAUCCCUUCCAUGCUAGUUCUCCACACUUAAACUCCUUCCUCCAGAGGUUUAUAAAGAAAAUGGUGUUUGGAUGCUAUUAAAUAGAACCUGUGGUUUUACCCCUAAGGAUUCUGUGCGCCCCUGAAUUCAAAUUGAGAGGGAUUCUGUAAAUAUUGGCCUAAAACAUUAAACUGAUAAAAAAAGGAAAGAACCCACAACUCACCCAGUAGAAAACUGUGUCUAAUACCUUCUUCUUUUCAGAUGGAUUUUGGGAAUGGUUACCCUUGGCAACAUGCUUUCUUCACUGCUUGCUGGUAAAGUGCAGCCAUCAGACCAAGUCAGCAAAGUAAUCUACAAGCAGUUCAAAAAGGUAUCAAAGUCUUCUGGUGUCUCUUGUUCCUUUCCCUGACCCGCACCAUUGCUGAGGGGGGAAAGAGGUUUUUGACAAGGGGGAGGUCGUUUGACUAAAAUGUAUGAUGCACAUUAAGGAAAUUAUACAGAGUUACACACAGUUUUAGAUACUGUUUUGCUGUAGGGUUGUUCACAUGUUACACUGAGCACACAGGCACAGGCGGUCUCUACACGUUUGCAAGGGCUUGUGUGAAGAAGUGAACACAGCUCAACUGCUGUGUAUUCUUUGAACAUCACAUGCGAACAAGGUUACAUAUACUGAUCAACUCCUGUGUACACGAUAUUGUAUGUAUGAACACCGCUUACAAAAUCUGGAUAUGCCUAUUUUGUGAGAAAACACAUGUUUGUUUUUUAAAAUAUUAUGCCUAUUUGUGAAAACCCAGGGGUAAUUCGUAUGCCCCUGAAUACCAUUUGCUGGAAAUCACAGCUGGGAGGAGUGUUGUGGCCUCCAGGCUCUGCUUGCAGGCUUCCCACAGGCACCUGCUUGGCCACUGUGAGAACCGGGUGCUGGAGUAGAUGGGCCAUUGGCCUGAUCCUGAAGAGCUCUUUUUAUGUUCUUAACAGACUCCAUCUGUACUAUACAGUUAAAGCACCAUACAUACCACUUUAAACAGUCAUAGCUUCCCCCAAAGCAAUUUCGAAAUUGUACAGCUGUACCUUGCUUCUCGAAUGUAAUCCAUUCCGGAAGUCUGUUUGACUUCCAGAAAUGUUCAAAAACCAAGGCGCAGCUUCCGAUUGGCUGCAGGAGCUUCCUGCACUCAGUUGGAAGCCGUGUCGGACAUUCAACUUCCAAAAAACGUUCGCAAACCAGAACACACACUCCUGGGUUUGCGGCGUUUGGGAGCCAAAACGUACGAGUACCAAGGUGUUUGAGAACCAAGGUACAACUGUAGUUUGUUAAGGAUGUUGAGAGGAGUUAGGAGACUUCCAUUCCCCUCACAGAGCUAAUGUUCCCAAGUGGUUUAACAGUCAUUCCCUUUUCCCAGGGGACUGGGAAUUGUUGCUCUGUGAGGGAACUAGGGAUCUCCUAACAACAGAGUAAAAAGAUAAAAACAAAACCCUACAUUUAAAAAAAAAAUCUGAUAAAAACGUAAGACACAGAGCAGUAUGUUAGCACAGAGCUGAUGUGUGUCUAUGUGUACUAGAGUCGGACUACAGUUAGCCCACCCCAAGUCAAACAAUUUAGCCUAUACAGUCGUACCUUGGCUCCUGAACACCGCAAACCCGGAAGUGAUUGUUCCAGUUUGCGAACAUUCUUUGGAAUCCAGACGUCCUACGGGGCUUCCGCGGCUUCCGAUUGGUUGCAGGACCCUCCUGCAGCCACUCAGAAGACACGCUUUAGUUUCCGAACAUUUUGGAAGUUGAACGGACUUCCAGAACAGAUUCCGUUUGACUUCCAAGGUACGACUGUACAGACCUGGGGAAAAUGACUGAACUCUGAAGAAGGGCAAACAUGCCUAGCAAUUAAUGCUAGUAAUAUUUUAACACAAUACUGAUAAAUAGGGACAGUUGGAAGGUAUGUUAGUCCCAUUUUGAUUUUGGUCUCAAGAGUUUGAGUCUUCCCGGUGGAUAAUGAGACUCUUGGCAUCUGGUGUUGUAAUUUUUUAGCAGGCACAAUAGUUUCUGCAGGAUUUUGGGGCAGCUGUUUCAUGAGCAGUAUUAGGAUGGCUGGAUCCACAAAGCCUUGUUUGGAGGGGAAUGCAAACUAUGGCAAAGUAAAACCAAGAUGCAACACUUGGGGUAAAAUUACCAUUAAAAGCUUGUUUGCAGCGCAUAACUGAAAUAGACAGCUACAUACUCUGUGAAACUGCAGCUGCAAUCUUGUGCACGUUUAUUUGGGGAGGGGUUAAAUCCAAUUAAACAAGUGACAUCAUUGUAGCUUACUUUGGUCAAUGUCAGUGAAAUAUUCUGCCUAUUAAAUUCUCUAAAUAGGAAGCAUGGACAUUCAUGGGGGGCAGCCCUCCCCCCGGAUGAACUGUAACCCUCAGAUUCUGAUCUUUUAUUUUUGUGAAAAGCAUUUGCAGCAGCUGAGAUGAGAGGCAAAUUGUGCCGGCACAAUUCUCAAAAUAUUUUGUGAGAAACUGCUCUUGAAUCUCAGUUUUUUACUUUGCCUCACCCUGAAAAAUAUCCUGCAGAUGCACAUAACUGGAAGAGCAGCACUUUACAGCUUGUCACAAUCCUAAGCAAAUCUGCUCAGAAGCUGGUCUCCACUGAGUUCCUUGAGACUUACUUGAAGCCUAAGGGAACUUACAUGCAAACCAAGGUGUACCUUAAAAGCGACACUUCCACUUCACAUCCAACUAAUGCUUUAGCAAAUAUAUUUUCUAAUUGUUAAAAUUCUGAGGCUAAAAUGUAACACUGCACCUAAUCACUUCAUGUUUUCUACUAAUGCUUCGGGAUCACAUUAAAUGAAUUUAAUUUCUUCCCUAGCUAUCAAUUGAAUCAUCGUGCAAAAUGUAUAAUCUGGUGCGUAAUUAAGCAACAUAGCUUCUCUCCUCUCUUAAGUGUAACUGGUGUUCUUACGGUGGAGGGGCCCAUGUUGCCUAGUGGCAAAUAGCAAGGUUACAUAAGCUGCAGUCUGCAGGCAACUACCACACUAAAAAAAAGAGCUUCUGACACUGGGGGAAAAAUAGCCCUUUUGGACUAGAGGCCAGCUGCUUCUGCAGUCAAAUGUUCAUCCCCAGGUUGCAGGAUUGGGGGAGAAGGAUGCAACUGGGUUUAAAGAUGUAUGCUGUUUGCCUCUGGAUAAAAAAUUCAAACCCUGUAUUGUUUAUUCCUUUUUAUGGCUAAAGCCAGGGCUGUGGACCUUCUGCCCUUGUGCCAUACAAACUUGGCAAAAUAAGCAGAUGUUACAUAAUUUGCAUAAUUUAUUCAGGUUGCAGAAUUUUUGCCUUAGCAUAGAAUGUUGAUUAUCCUGGCACAGAAUUUUAAUCUGUACUGUUACUUUUUAGAAAGUAGAGUAUACCCAGCCCUGGCUGUAGUUCCUGGUUCUUUAGUGACAUUUCUGGGGACUGACUCUUCCUUUUUUCUGUGAGCUCAAACACUGUUGCCUGGAGUGUCCCUCCCUCAUACAACUCCUUUACUCUGUAACCAACAUUACCACUAAUAAUUUCAUUCCUUUUUAAAAGAUUGCUAACGUACUACAAAGAAAUGUGAUAAAAUGGCACUUUUUAAAAUUUUGAACCAUAGACUCUGUCAAUCUACUUUAGAUGUUUUGUCGCUGAAAGAGAAAAUCUUGAACAGCCCUAUUAUUAUAGAAGAAAAUUAUUGGGUAUGCUUACAGUUGAUUCAGUCAGUUUGACUGGGAGACUGAGUUGUUCCAGUAAACCAAGAAAAGGUUCUUUCCUUUAUGUUAAGAUACAAUCGCUCCUAAAUUUAUAGUAUUGUAUUACAUUUAAAGUUACGAAAUCCUGAUGGGUCUUUGUGAGCAUAGAUCAUGAUUGAUUGCCAUAAUGGUAUUGGUGAUUAAAAAGUGCAGGAAGGCUCCUGUAAGUAUAAAUUGAAAGCAACUGAAUUAAAACACAGCGCUGUUGUGCUUAGUGCCUCUGUACUUGCUCUGUCUGCUUCCCUCUCUUAGACUUCAAAAAUCUUAUUUCCUACUGAAUUGACAAGUACUGGCAUUCUUGGCUCACAAGCCUAGAAUCUAGGAUAAUAAUGAUGAUGGGCAGAAAAUGUAGAUUUUGUGUGCUUGAGUGUUUUGGAGGACAUUGUUUCAAGCCAAGUUGGUGUGGAUAAAAUUGCCAGCUUUAUAGACUACAGCAAUAAGUCCCUACUUUCUAUUAUGUGAGACUGAAGAAAGGCCGAAGGAUACCGCAGCCUCCUGUCCUCUUCUGUUGUACCUGUGCAGCCUUAUUUUGAGGGCUGAGCUGAUCUCCGUUGUGUUUCACAGGUUCACAGUUAUAAUGAGUUGGCUCCAAAGAAUUGUAAGUGGAAGGGAAAUGCCUACUAGUGACCUUCCAGUAAAGCUUGCACAGGAGUUUGUGUGCUUCUGUGAUAGGUUUUGUGGCACAAGAGAUUGCACAAGCUCUUGUUCAAGUGGAACAACGUGUUCACUUUUCUCACAUGGUGCUCUAAGCUUAAAGCUUGGCGAAAACCUGGGAUGGGGAGACUGUGGCCCUCCAGAUGUUUUGGAUGGCAGCUCUCACCUGCUGCCACCAUUAUGGUCAAGGAUGAUGGGAGUUGUCAGCCACAGGUUCCCCAUCUCUGGUGUAAAGCAAUGCUUUCAUAUGCUGAAGGUUCCUCUGGCUUGUGGAAGGGCCCUUUUGGAUCCUGGCCACAAAAUACAGGCAGCUUAGAUAGUGCCUUUUUCAUUCUGCAAGUUUCUUUUGAUUGAUUGAGCCAUAGUAUUUUCUGUUUUCCCACAGCUCACGUCAAUAGCAAUGCAUUUAUAUCACAACUCCUGAAGUCCAACUCCCUGUCAAAGUGAGAUAUCUGCUACUGCAGCGCCUGUAAUACUUGGCCAUCUAGACUUUACUUAAGUGGCCUGGGUAUUCAUUGUUUUGCUGGCCUAUAUUGCUAGGAAUGAAAAGCAAUAUCCCUGUGGGGAAAUUCAGUUCUGGAAUAUGGACUUGUACUUUGUUUCUACUGAAUGGCUUUUAUAGUUUUUCCUCAGACCUCUUAUUUUGUCCCAAAUCGCCUCCUUCCAGCUCUUAUUGCCAGAAUUGGAAAAUAAACCACUAGUAAAGGUGUGUGUUUCUGAACUUGCAGUUGCUGUGCUUUAAGCAGAGAGAACACAUGGCUCUCAUUGGGUUUUUACAUUACCAUGUUCUACAGACAUUUUUUUUCUUUUAUUCCACUUCUCUUUAAAACACCAACAUUUAACAUGAACACACACACUGAAAAAUAAAGAUUCAUAUGAUAACUGCCAUAUCACGACACAAAUACUACUUUCAAAAGCUUGUUGGAAAAGCACUGGGAUUGGGGUGCUUAUCUAUCAAACUUGUAAGGCUAUAUGCAGUUGGUUUUAAAGUCUGUUUCUAUUUGCAGAUUCGUCUGCAGGACAACUUGGGGAAGCUCUCCCAUAUUUUGGAAAUUGAUCAUUUUGCUCUGGUGGUGCACGAACAGAUUCAGUGUAAGUAGAAGACCUGGCAAGAAUCCUACUGUCUCUGCCACACUCCCCGUUGGCUAUAUAACAUAUAAUAGCAGUUAAUGGCAGUGAGAAUCUUCUGUGUCUUAUAUAGGGCACAUGAAGGAGCCACAGGAUAUUCUCCACACAUAUGAGGGUAAGAAAUAAGCUAUGCUAGUGGAGGCUAAGAUUCUCACUAUGCCAGUUCUGGGUUAGACAGGGGAAGUACCCAAUGCAUACAUACCCUGACCUCCCAUUUCUUUGGUGUGUCUCCAAGAGUACAAUGUCUCAUGAUAUGAGUAAGUGUUUGCAGAAUCCAGCCUCAUAUGCUGUUGCAUUGCUAACUUAGUUGCAAUCUUCCCUGAGUUGAAAAUCAACAAUUUCUCACCUGCCGGAGUCGUCCUCUUGCAGUUUGGAUUGCCUUUCUCCAACAGAGCCCGUGGUCUGUUGAUGCCUUAGUUGGUGAAUGUAGCAGGGGAAAGUGGUCCAGACAUUCUGGUCCUACCACAUUCUGUUGUGGUGCUUCUGCUGCUUUCCACUGCUUUGUCCUUCACAAUUUUUAUUUUAACUGAGGUGCAAGGCAGAAGACAGAGGACUUCAACUAUGAAACUCCUGCAUUUGAACUAGGACUAGGCAGAGCACAGUGGCUCUAUCUAGAGACGCCUCUGCUGUUUGUGCUCUGAAGGUCUUAGUUAGAAGAUGACAGGCUUUGAGGCCUAACCCUACUUACCCUGUUGAAUUUAGUAGGAUUUACUUCUGAGUGAACAUGAGCAAACAGGAUGGUUAGACAUGGAUAUCUAUGCCUCUAUCAACAUAAAAGCUUUAAAAAUAUGAUGUGGAACAAGCAGAAAGGCUGGUGCCUCAACAACUAAAUAAUACACUUCAUGCAAGGCAAAAGCUACAGUGCCUUGCUCCAUUUACCUAUGAAAUGCUCCUUGCCUAGUGCUCUUUGUGUAGAACAUUGGGUUGGGGUUAAGAUGAUUGAGUCAGGCAAAUUGCCCUUAGGAGAUGGUAGCAAUCCCAUAUUCUUCUUUCGCUUCCUCAAAAAUGCCUGUUUGGUGCACUGAUACCAUAUUGACUUUAACUGAGUGCUAACACUGCAGUGCCAACAGCAUAGGCAGGACCAGUUACCAGGAGCAGAUUAAAUAAGCCAUCAUCUCCCCUUGUACUGAUCUUGAGAAUGCCUCAUAUCAAUGGCAAGCUAGGGUCUGCCUACUAUACUUUAAUUUCAGUUGCUUUUUUUGGUCUUGUAUUUUUAAAUUAGUUUUAUAGAGGAAAAGUACAUAUAUUUUCAAUAACCAAAACAUAUACAGUGCAAGAGAAGAUACUCACGCCUUGAGACACAAGUAGUAGUUUGAAAAUUGUGUAUGCUAGGGUUUGGUUCCUCAACUCAUGCCUUGUCGUGUUCUUCUCCCCUCUAUAGAUCACAGCAAUGGCCAAUCCAGCAAAAAGCAAAUGGUCUUUGGUGUUGUCACAGCAAUCGACUUACUCAACUUUGUGACUGCCCAGGAACGACGAAGAAAGGCAACCUAAUUUCAAGAAGCACAUUGGUGGCAGCUGCUUCAGUAGCUUUUAGGGUUUUAAGUAUCUUUUUUUUUCCCCCUUCCCAUUUUUGUUGAGACAAUCUCAAUUUGAUUUUAUUUUUAAAUCUAACCAAAUAAACCAAGCAUCAUUAGUGGAACCACAUGGGUUGUAAGCAAGGUUCUGCAGUCAUAACUUCCAGUAUGUUAAGGAGCACGCUGAAAAAGUAACCCAAACUGAAUUUAUGGUAGUCAUCAGGAUCGCUGCUGUUCAGUGAGAGGUUGUCUCCUCCACAAAGAUUGGUUCUCUUUUGCUAUGAUACAGCUGAGUUGCAGAACCCAGAACUGAGGAACUAGCAAUUAUGGCUGGGGUGACCAAACCGUUAAUGUCUCUGAUAGUGGCCACAUGGGGUUCUCCCCAAAGCACACCGUUCCUGCUUUCAUGAGUGCAAUGUGCCUUCAAACCCUUCCUCACUAGUGUUGCAGGCUUGGGAGGCCUAGCUGCAACCUUAGGCAUCUUAUUCACAUUACAACCUGCUAGGUGUCAAGGCUCCUGUCUUCUGUACUGAAAACACACAAAAUAACAUCCAGGCCAUCAGUUAUCCCUUACUAGAUGUUUGAUAUCCUCUUCCGCACUCUGGGGAAAUCGUGGAGAUGGGGCAGGGCAAGGAAAUAAUUCCACACUGCUUUUUCACUUGUAAGUGGAUACAGUGUUUUUUUCAGCCACACUGCAAAUUAUCUCUUUGUGUUGCCAAUUUACAGUCUGGAUUAUUGUCUGCACGUCGCUCAUAAGGUAAACAGAUGUACAGCAGCAACAUCAAAGAACACUAAAUUCUCCAUUGCUUUAGGUCAUUGACUCAGCCAGGUGUAAUAUGGAGAGUUUUUAUUUCCAUUAACCUAACCUUGGACAGUUUGGCUUAUAGACUAUUGAACACCAAAAUUAUUCUAUAAUAGCCACCCUGUGUAGGCCAAAUAAAGUUUAACAAAUGCCCUAAUCUUUCAUGGAAAGUCUUAAUAAUGAUUCUUAGCUAGAAGUAUGUCUACAUUUGUUAUAUUGUGUUGCUUUACGCCAGCUUUCGUUCUACUUUGCACAUGAGUAAGCUAAUGUUGUGUUAAGGUUGGCUUGGGGGUGUUUAGUGCCACACCCCUUAGUCUUUAUGAGGGAUACGGGAAACACAUUUGGCUCUUCAUUUACUCAGGUGAAUUUGUUUAAUUGCCUUGAUGUCGUUUUCCUUCUGCGACUUCCUCUAAUUUUCACUGGAAAUUUUUAAGAAGCAUGAUACCGAUACUGUGAUUUGUUUUGUUUUAUUUUUUGCCGUUCUAUCUAUACUUGUGUUUUAUGUCAGAAAACCCUCUUGCUACAAUCAAACAUUCGGUGAAGUGUGCAUAAGAACAUUGGUUUCAUGUAGAAAACUCAGAUUUAUAUAUAAAACUUACCUCUAGGUGCUUUCUUAGUGUAAAUUCAGUUUGGUCCAGUUCAUAGCAGAUGAAAUACCCGUUGUCCAAUACUUUGUUCAGUAUUGUCAUCACCAAGCAUUAGCAUUUUAGCAUUAUGAAAAAGGCAAAUCCAUAUGUUUCUAAAAGUUUUGUUCCAAAAAAGCUAAAUAAAAAUUAUUUCAUUUCUGACAAUC